CGGAGCACGGCGGGCGAUAGAACGGCCACAGAGCGGACGGGCGGUUGGUGCACCACUUCCGGGCUCUGACGGCUCAGUGCGCCUGCGCCCAGCUACGGUGACAUGGACAGAUGUAAAGAAAACUGCACUUCCAGGCCCCUUAAGACCACAGUUCCCUUCGGCCCAAAACGAGUCUUGGUGACUGAGCAGAUACCAUCUCAGAACCUGGGAUCGGCUAGCAGUGGCCAGGCCCAGCGGGUCCUAUGUCCUUCCAACUCUGCCCAGCGUGUCCCUCCACAAGCACAGAAACUUGUCUCGGGUCAGAAGCCAGUGCUGAAGCAGGUGCCUGCUGCCAGCAUUCCUCGAUCUGGGUCCCGGCUCGGGAAUCCCCAGAAGAGUGAGCAGCCACAGCCCGCAGCAUCUGGAAAUAAUUCUGAAAAGGAACCGGCAUCAAAACAGAAAAAUGAAGACUCAAAAAAGAGGCAGUGGACUUUGGAAGAUUUUGACAUUGGUCGCCCACUAGGUAAAGGAAAGUUUGGAAAUGUCUAUUUGGCAAGGGAGAAGCAAAGCAAGUUCAUCCUGGCCCUGAAGGUGCUGUUUAAAACGCAGCUGGAGAAAGCAGGGGUGGAACACCAGCUGCGAAGAGAAGUGGAGAUACAGUCCCACCUGCGGCACCCGAACAUCCUCAGGCUGUAUGGAUAUUUCCAUGAUGCCACCAGAGUUUAUCUGAUUCUAGAGUAUGCACCCCUUGGGACAGUCUACAGAGAGCUUCAAAAACAAUCCAAGUUUGAUGAGCAGAGAACGGCUACUUACAUCACCGAAUUGGCAAAUGCUCUGUCCUACUGUCAUUCAAAGAGAGUCAUCCACAGAGACAUUAAGCCGGAGAACCUGCUUCUUGGGCCAAACGGAGAGUUGAAGAUUGCAGACUUUGGAUGGUCUGUACACGCUCCAUCUUCCAGGAGAACCACGCUGUGUGGCACCCUGGACUACCUGCCCCCGGAGAUGAUUGAAGGCCGAAUGCACGAUGAGAAGGUGGACCUCUGGAGCCUGGGCGUCCUCUGCUAUGAGUUCCUGGUUGGGAUGCCUCCUUUCGAGGCACACACUCACCAGGAGACCUACAGGAGGAUCUCACGGGUUGAGUUCACAUUCCCUGACUUUGUGACGGAGGGAGCCAGGGACCUCAUCUCAAGACUGUUAAAACACAACGCAAGCCAGAGGCUAACACUAGCAGAAGUCCUUGAGCACCCCUGGAUCACGGCUAAUUCCUCCAAAUCUCCAAAUGGCCAGAAAGGCAAAGAGCCAGCCAGCAAAUCAUCUUAGGGAAUCCGGAGCCAUGUGCACUGUGCAACUGUGAGAAACGCCCCACUGAGACCUCCCAGACCAUCACCACUGCCCUCAGUGCACCUCGCGGAGAGGGUAGUCCGAUGCCCUGCAUCCAGGAAGCCCCACCUGAGCACAUGCGGCGCUGCCCAAGCCCCAAGGACCGUGCUGCUGUUUCCUGAGUUGGUAGUCUGGAGAAAAGGUUCUACUGCAGUUGUCCCUGUGGCCUGUGCCCCCAUCGUGUCCUCGCUGGGGUCUCACUGUACAAAAGUUACCGCCUUGCCAGACUCCCCAGCCAUCACCUGUGUGGUAGCCUUCAAGUGCCUGAGUGUGUGUGUAAUUUAUUGGGUCACCAGGCCUGGGAAAGUUGUUGGAAUGGAUAUGUACUUUUCUUUUAAAUGUUAAAAUAAAGAUUUGUAUAGACUUCCUUUUUCUUAGGUGGCAUCCCUCCGGAGCCCAGGUUUUCAGCCUUCUUAGGUCCUUGUGGGGUUCGGACCGUCAACCACUAUAAUGUGCUCUACCUGUGUGGCCCUUGACUCAGGUGUUUCUGGAUGUUUCUUAUGUUGAAGUUCUGUCAUGUGUACAAACUUGUUAAAUAUAUAAAUUCAUGUCGUGG